AGACUGCGAGCUGAGGGUCAGUCCUCUGCUGCGUGCCAGAGCGGACGCCUGCAGAAAACCACAUGUGUGUUUGUUUCUAAAUAUGAAGAGCAACAGAGCAGAGUAAACUUUCUUGAACAUACUUAAGGAUGGGAGUUUGAUUGAUCAUGGCUGACUGCUGGUCAAAGCCAAGGAGGAUCUGACUCGCUGUUUUCAGAUCGGAGCUCCAUGUCUGACUCAGACCUUAUGAAGACUGGGGGACCAGGCAGCAGGGGCCCUGAAUGCCACUCACCCCCAACUCCCAGGAUGGAGCUCCUUAGCCCCUCCAAGGUGAAGGACUGCUCUCAGAACGUCAAAGAGAAGGUCACACAGGUACUUUCUCUGGAGUCUGAUGUACUUCCUGAAUACAAACUCCAGGUGCCAGAGACAACAUGGUGGAUCUUGCUUCACUACAGCCCCUUCAAGGCCUUCUGGGACUGGCUCAUUCUCCUGCUGGUCCUCUACACGGCUGUUUUCACUCCAUACUCAGCCGCCUUCCUCUUGGACGAGCACGGGGACGUGCGACAGAAGACAUGUGGCUACACGUGUGACCCUCUGAAUGUGGCGGACCUCAUGGUGGACGUGCUGUUCAUUGUGGAUAUAGUCAUCAACCUUCGCACGACGUAUGUGGACCAGAACGACGAGGUGGUCACGCAGCCGAGCCACAUUGCCAAGCACUAUGUUAAAGGCUGGUUUGCUAUUGAUCUGUUAGCAGCGAUCCCGUUUGAUCUUCUGAUUUUCAGAUCUGGCUCUGAUGAGAUGGCGACCCUAACUAGCCUGCUGAAGACAGCUCGGCUGCUACGAUUGGUCCGUGUGGCGAGAAAACUGGACCGAUAUUCUGAAUACGGGGCUGCUGUACUCUUUUUACUCAUGUGUACCUUUGUACUCAUCGCUCAUUGGUUAGCCUGCAUUUGGUACGCCAUUGGCUUUGUGGAAAGGCCGUAUACAGAGACCGGUUGGCUGGACAACCUGGCUGAACAACUAGGCAAGGCAUACAACGACAGUGACUCGUCCUCUGGUCCAUCGGUCAAAGACAAGUACGUCACUGCUCUGUACUUCACCCUGAGCAGCCUGACAAGUGUGGGCUUUGGAAAUGUCUCCCCAAACACCAACUCUGAGAAGAUCUUCUCCAUUUGCGUCAUGGUCAUUGGCUCUCUCAUGUAUGCCAGCAUAUUCGGGAACGUGUCUGCCAUCAUCCAGCGGCUGUAUUCAGGUACAACCCGCUACCACACCCAGAUGCUGCGAGUCAAAGAGUUUAUCCGCUUCCACCAAAUCCCAGGUGGCCUGCGCCAAAGGCUGGAGGAGUACUUCCAGCACGCCUGGUCAUACACAAAUGGCAUCGACAUGAACGCUGUGUUGAAGGGGUUCCCACAGUCUUUGCAGGGCGACAUCUGUUUGCACUUGAACAGAUCUCUGCUGCAGAACUGUAAGGCUUUCCGUGGAGGGAGUCAAGCGUGUCUGCGUGCCCUGUCUAUGAGGUUCAAGACAGUCCAUGCUCCUCCAGGCGAUACUCUAAUCCACUACGGAGACAUCCUGGACUCUCUUUUCUUCAUCUCUCGUGGUUCCAUCCAUGUCAUUAGGGAUGAGAUGGUGGUAGCCAUAUUAGAGAGGAAUAACAUCUUUGGUGAAGCUAUCCACCUGUAUGAUGAGCCAGGGAAGUCCAAUUCUGACGUGCACACUGUCACAUACUGCGAUCUUCACCGCAUCCUGAGGGACGACCUGCUGGAGGUCCUGGAUAUCUACCCAAGCUUUGCAGAUAACUUCUGGAGGAACCUGGAAGUCACAUUUGACCUGAGAGAUGCUGAUCAAAUCUCCCCAAUAAUAACAUCUGAUGAUUCUGGUGACAGCUGUGGAUAUCACCAUAAGGCAAGAUACAAAAACCACUCCCUGGACUGCAGGAUUAGACCUGACGGAAUCGAUCAUGAAGACUCGUACCCCCUUCAGUCCCUCCGGCAUCGUCACUCAUCUCCCCAUUCCCACUGGGAUGACUACUGUAGCUGUGGUUCCCCUUGCUCUCCGUCCGGUGAGGACCUGGAAAAGUCUCACGUUCAUGGUGCCAAAGUUGAGCUUUACCCUCCAAAGGACAUGCAACUUCUGCCCCCAGGUGGCACGACAGUGGGAAGUGAAGCAGUACCGAUGAGGAGCCACCAAGGAGUGUAUCAGUACUGGCCAGACCGACAGUCCCAACAGUUCCCCGGUCGCACGUGGCGAUCAUCUUCUGUCCGCAACGCAUACCACCCACCGCCAUUCACAGAAGAAAGACCCAGUGAGCUUGAAUCUCGACUAGAGGUUUUACAUUCACAGCUCAACAGAUUGGAGACACGCAUGACGGCAGACAUCACUGUUAUUCUGCAGCUUCUCCAGAGGCAGAUCACUCCAGUUCCUCCAGCGUACAGCACUGUGUCAUCUGCCGCCCCGCCCUCUAACUCCACAGCUCUGUAUGGGACUGGGACGCCAGUAAUGCACAACAUGUAUCCCAUCUCUCCCAGCAGAGCGCCCCCACAGAACUCAAACCAGACUGACCUUACAUUCACCAAGAAGUCCCAGGAGUCUCUGUCCAGUGGAAUCCAUGUGACUGUGGCAUCAGACGACACCAUGUUCAUGACUGUCACCCCCGAAACUGAGACCCACAUGGGGUUAACGCCACAGCUGCCCCAAGCAUCAGUCAGAUCCUCCAGGCUGUGUGGCAGCCUACGCUGCCCCUCCCUGCCAGGGAACCUGGACCUCAGCCCUGGACUGAUAGAGAACCAGAAACACCUGUCAGACCCUGUGCUGCCCAUCAUCUGAGGACUAAAGCAGUAACACACACUGCUGCUUAAGAGUGACAUCACUAACACCUGAAAAUGUCAUCAUUUAGUGUUCAAUGAUUUAGGAACCCAUGUUUCAUAGAACUGUCACAGACUACAUCUGCUCACUCGAUAUUUCCUCUUUUUCACGUCAUUCCCUGUAAACACUCGUGGUGCACAAUCCUUUUAUGGUCUAUAUAUUUUCAAAAAAUAAACAUGAAACAUGUCACAUUUGUUCCAUAAAAAGGUGUGUGUGUGUGUAACGGUGUCUACGGUGUCACGACCUCUCACCAAGCGCAGGAGUUCAUCAAGUAACUUCAGAGAGAGAUUGACAGGAGCUGAAUAUGAACGUGACGAAGGUGAAGCACAAACAAUCUGAAACACAAGUAUACAAAUUACACACUGGUCCCAAUGCUGUGUAACACUAAAUAAAUAAUAAAGCUUUGGAAUAAUUCUGUUUAUAGGCGAUGCUAUAGGCACAAUAGUGUCAGUGUGAUUGAUUUGUGGAGAGAUAGAGUGGAUUGAUAGAUCCACUAUUGUGGAACACUCAUUAUUCUCUAUAAUGGGAGACAGAGUAUUUUGGGGAGAUUGACUCUGGUUUCAUCCAUGUUUGUUUUGCUUCUUUGUAUGUUAAUGUUCAUAUUACAAGGUUAUCUAACAAAACUCUGACCCUAACCCAAUCAUAUGCAGCAUAAAAAUCUAGUGGACACAUGAAUGUCAAUUUGUACUGCAUAACACUCAGACACAAGUACUUAACAUCCUUCCUUACUGAAACCACAAAUACACGACAGUCAGGAGGAUAAUUAAAGAUACUCCGACAAAAUAAAAUACCUAUGGUUUUCACAAGGCGUCAUAUCUGUUAGUGUUUUUGUUCUGCUUAGUCAGUUAUUGUGUUAGUUUAUGUUU